AGUCGUACCACACUAGCACCAAUUGGAGCUGAGACACUGGGCUGAGAGGGAGAGAGUGAGCGUGCGGAGUGCUGAAAGUGUGGUGGAGCUGAUAAAAGGGAAGGCGGAGAAGUGGAGGCUUCUGCCGAAGAAUGAGACUAAACCCUAGAAGAGGAGCAAUAGAAGGAGAAGAUACAACAGAUGGGAAAUUGCGGUACUAGAGAGGAAUCCGCUGUCGUCUCUACUGCUCACCGUCAAGUUCAGCAGCAGCUGCAGGGGUUUUCAGUUGCCAACAAGAAUGUUGGUGCUGAAAAGAAGCAUAAUCAUAGCCGUUCUACAUCAGAUCUGAGUGACCCUUCAACCCCACGCGAUGUUGAGGAUUUUAGAAAGAAUGUCGUGCUGUAUACUCAUGUUAUAGCUUUCACGCUCUUUGAGCUGGAGACCAUUACCAAGAGCUUCCGCUCUGACUACAUUCUCGGUGAGGGCGGGUUUGGAACAGUCUAUAAGGGGUACAUUGAUGAGAAUGUUCGGGUGGGCCUCAAGUCCCUCCCUGUAGCUGUCAAAGUCCUCAACAAGGAGGGCCUUCAGGGUCACCGUGAAUGGCUCACUGAGGUAAACUUUCUAGGCCAACUUAGACAUCCUAAUCUCGUCAAGCUGAUUGGAUAUUGCUGCGAGGAUGAUCACCGAUUACUUGUUUAUGAGUUCAUGUUCAGAGGAAGCCUUGAGAAUCAUCUAUUCCGAAAGACAACUGUUCCAUUAUCUUGGUCAACAAGAAUGAUGAUUGCUCUUGGAGCAGCGAAAGGGCUAGCUUUCCUUCAUAAUGCAGAAAGGCCUGUAAUUUAUCGUGAUUUCAAGACAUCAAAUAUUUUAUUGGAUUCUGAUUACACUGCAAAACUUUCUGAUUUUGGUCUUGCAAAAGCUGGGCCACAAGGUGAUGAGACUCAUGUAUCGACACGAGUGAUGGGUACAUAUGGAUAUGCAGCUCCUGAAUAUGUGAUGACGGGACACCUUACUGCAAGGAGUGAUGUGUACAGUUUUGGAGUGGUUCUCCUAGAGUUAUUGACGGGGAGAAAGUCUGUUGAUAAGACCAGACCAAGCAAGGAGCAAAACCUGGUAGAUUGGGCACGACCAAAGCUUAAUGACAAGAGAAAAAUGCUUCAAAUAAUAGAUCCUAGAUUAGAGAACCAAUACUCUGUGAGGGCAGCCCAGAAAGCCUGUAGUCUGGCUUACUACUGCUUGAGCCAAAAUCCUAAAGCAAGACCCUUAAUGAGUGAUGUGGUUGAAACUCUGGAGCCCUUGCAAUGCAGUGGAAUUGCAAAUGAAGCCUCAUCGUCGUCAUUAUCUGGUGUUGGUGUUCCUUUUGGUGUGGGGAGGGUCCCCGAGUUUCAAUUGCAUCACAGGUUUGCCGGCAAUCUUGGGACUGCUGCUGGCUGCCGGUCUCCCAACCCAAAUUGUUCCCCAGGUGGCCCUGCACCAUGUAGGGUAAGAUGAGGAUUCUGACUUGUAUUUUGGUGUUUCAUUGUGCACUCAUCCUUUAACUCGUGAGUUGGGUGCAUUGGUGUUUCUGUGCUAGGUGUAAAUUGUGCUGGUAAUGUAAGCCUUUCAGCGUCUUUGGUUGUGUUUGUUUAACAACUUCAAGUUGUACUAUGUGAAAAAAAGGUAUGGUCAGUUUAUGGCUGGAUGCUGAUAUGGUUUCUUCUCUUUUUCCCAUUUAUAUUUGCAAAUUCUACCAUGUGUUUUUUAA